GUGCCGUGAUAAAUAAUUUAGCGUGUAGUUGUUGUAUCAUCGGCAUAUCGAGUACAUUAUUAUAAAAAAAAAACAAAAAAAAAAAAAAACAAAAACAAAAACCGUCUACAGACCGUCACGACGCAGUAAUCAUACAUCGCGGUUUCGGUGGAAAUAUUAAAUCAUAUCGUAGCAUAAUGGAAGGCGGUGAUAUUUUUAUACAGGAUUUUAUCAACGAUCUCCAGGAGUCGCCGGAAAGUCAGAUUCAAAAAUGUUUUCGAGGCUCUAGUAUUCUGAUCACCGGCGGAACGGGUUUCGUCGGAAAAGUUUUAAUUGAAAAACUGUUGAGUAAAUUUUUUUUUUCUAGGUCGUGUCGCGAUUUGAAUAUGAUUUAUAUCGUAGCAAGACCGUUGAACGGUCAAAAUCCAAAUGAAAGGGUCAAAGAAAUGUUUAUUAGUCCGCUGUUCGACCGCAUGAAGAUCGAAAACCCUAUGUACCGUAGUCAAGUGCGAGUGGUGACCGGCGAUUUUUCACAGCCGAACUUGGGCAUCGACGAGGUGGACGUGGACACAAUCCGGUCGAAAAUAAACGUGGUCAUACAUCUGGCGGCGACCACGGCCGACAACAACCCCACGUUGCACGCGGCCGUUUGCACGAACGUCCGAGCCACCAGGGACUUGAUGGUGUUGGCGAAACGUUUUCAAAACCUUAAGGCGUUCGUCCACGUGUCGUCCAUAUUCACUAAUCCCUCGGCCUUGGAGAUCUACGAACAGUUCUACAAAUCCUCCGUACCCGCGUCCACUGUCAUCCAAAUGGUCGAAACUCUGCCUGACUACGUUCUGAACCAAGUGACUGCUGGACUCGUGUCUGAGUGGCCGGAUAUUGUUACGUUCACCAAAGCGAUGUCCGAACAGAUCGUCCAAUCGGCCGGUCAAGAGUUGCCCGUAUGUGUUAUACGACCAGGAUUCGUUUUAGGCACCGCUAAUGAACCUAUAGUAGGUUGGACAAAUUUGAACGAUCUCACCGGAUGCGCGUUGGGUUUCGGUCUAGGCUUGGUACGAAUUUUUCAUGGACCUAGCCACGUAAACGCUGAGAUUGUGCCAGUUGACAUGUUGGUCAAUCUUCUCCUGGUGGCGUGCUGGGAUUUAAUUGGCAAUAAGACGGACGUUGUCAACGAGGAAGUACCAAGAGAUGUGGUGAAUACUUUGAUUUACAAUUACGCGUCGUCUAAUUACAAGCCAUGCUCUUGGAACCAAUUAGGAGAGAAAUUUUUCAAAAACCAAAAAAAAGUUUUGUCGUCGAACUUUUUUUUUAUGCGUUUCUAUUACGUCACCGACAGCAUAUUCCUGUAUCGAGUCAUGACGUUUUACUUACACACCGUCCCGGGAAAAAUCGUGGACUUGUUCAUUUGGAUUUUAGAAAAACAGCCCAGAUUGAACGAUUUUUAUAGACGAGUGCACGCGGCGGCUAAACAUUUGAGCUCGUAUCAGCGGACGCGCGUCAGGUACCACAACCACAACGUAAGCGGUCUGAUGAACAAAAUGUCGACAAGGGACAAGAUGCUGUUCGAUUUCGACAUGAGCACGGUGUCUUGGGACGAUUAUUUCGAUAAGUACCUCAGAGGCUUUCGGGUGUACCUGAUGGGAAACCGUUUGCAAGCGUCUGGAACGAACAACAACACACUGAACAGGUUGAUAACGAUUCAUUACAAUUUAAUAAUAUCCAUAUGUUUUCUUAUUUUAAUAUAUGUAUUAUACUUUUACUGAUGAAGAACAUUGAUGGUGUGCGGCAUACUUUUGUAUGUAAUUCACGAUUGUUUUUAAUAAAUAUCAUCGUUAUAUAAGAGUUUUAUU